AGUAAUCACUUUUUUAAGAAAAUUUUUAAUUAUCAUUUAUGGGUUCAAAAUUUUAAUCUCUUCGUAGCAAUUAAAUAUCGGUUAAUGUUUGUGCCAUGAAUGUGAGAACAAAUCAAACAACGUGAUGGCCAAAAAAAUUCAAACACAAUCACAACAAUCAGCCGUUCAUUCUGUGGCUAAUCGAUUCUGGAAAUUAUCGUUGCUUGUCUUGCUCAUUUCUAUUGGUAUUUAUUAUAUUAUCAAAGAAUAUCACCAUGAAAUGCCUACAAGUUUAAAACCAUUAAAUGAUAAAUUAAAAGAAUUUCUCUACGAAACUUGGUAUACACUGUCAUUUAGCACAAAUGUGAUUUACAAUAAAUUAUUUUACAACAACGAUCGAACACGUUUAAAUGUGAUCCUUGAACAAUUGUUAGAAGCUGAACAUAAUGUUUCCAUAUCAAAAUCAUCUCGUAUUGCCAUCGGUCUAGGUGUUUGUACGGAUUUGGUUAUCAGAGCACUUGAUGUGUUGGAUCAAUUUAAAUCACCUAUCGAUGCUAAACCACAUGAUCAUAUUGAUAGCUGGAAUAAAUUUAUUGAACUAUUUGCCUAUUAUUUUCAACGUGGUGUUGCUUCCGAGCGAUAUAUAGAAUCCAAAGAAGUGUUCAACAAAUUGAUCAGUUUGAUUGAUGAGAAAAAAAUUCAAAAGAAUGAAGCAAUCGGAAGCAAUGCACCGCUAAUAUCGAUACGUUUCGCUCGUGAAGGUUUCGAAAAUAUUUUGUUAGGUGCUCAAAUAACUGAUAAAUUGUCGAAAAAAUUUCCAAAUAACAUUCAAAUCAGUGGCCCAAUAAUCGAUCAAGAUGAUUAUCAUGUGAUAUUGGAAUAUAAUACAAAUGAAAAAUGGGACCAAUACAAAAGUCCAAGAGCGAAUAGAUUGAUUGUACAUAGUGAUGAUAAUAAUGUUAAGUUAUUGUCGAGGACCAAAUUUUUCGAACAAUUAAGACAUUUCAAACCAGAUAUAUUAGUUCUUACCGGUUUACAUAUGUUGGACAAUAGCCCGAUUGAUUUUCAUAUACGAACACAAGCUAUUGAAAAUCUUGCCAAAGAUUUAGAACGAUUCCGUGAAAAUAAUCAAGCAUUCCGUACACAUUUUGAAAUGGCAGCAUUUACUGAAAAUCGAUUAUUAGAUUCCGUUGUGAAUCAGAUAUUUCCACAUAUGGAUUCCUUUGGCAUGAACGAACAAGAAGCCGCUAAUUUAUUAUCAUUAAUGAAAUUUGGUAACAUUUCCUAUUCAUCGAAUCCUUUUCCACGUGUUGCACAUGUUCUGGAUGAAAUGCGUGAAUUGUUUGCAUUAUUAGAAUCGAUUGGAAAUGGACGUGUAAGUCGAAUUCAUGUUCAUACAUUAGCCUAUCAAGUAGUGAUGACCAAAAUUGAUUCGAAAUCCAAACAAUCGAUUUGGAAAUCAAACAAAGCGGCCAUGGCAAAAGCAUCAUUAACAGCUUAUCGUUACACUUGUAAUUUGCCUGAAAUUGAUUUGAAACGAGUGAAUAUACUUUUGGAUGAUUCAUUUGCCAUGACUAUGGAUGAAACAAAUAUUGAAAGAAUUGAAUUAGAUCAAGCAAUCAGAUGUUGGGAAGAAAAUAUUGAAUCCGAAUUAAUUCUCAAUAAAACACGUGUUCAAAUUUGUCUGGCAAUCGGUAUGGUUUGUACGGAUGUUGUACAAACUGUUGGUGCUGGUGAUAAUAUUUCUGCUUCCGGAUUGAUGCUUCAAAUAUGAUUACACUAAAGACCAAUAAUGAUGAUAAUCACAAUCAAUCAAUAAUAUUUAUCGACCAAA